GUUGUGAGAUGAGAGCGGGCUGGCGGGGCUGAGCGCCGGCACAGCCCUCCGAGCAUGGAGCCGCUGAGCCACCGCGGCCUGCCUCGCCUCUCCUGGAUCGACACCCUCUACAGCAACUUCAACUAUGGUGCGGACGAGUACGACGCCGAGGGCAACGAGGAGCCCAAGGCGCUGCCAGAGGGCUCGGAAACCAUGCCCUACAUCGAUGAGUCGCCCACCAUGUCCCCCCAGCUCAGCGCCCGCGGCCAGGAGAGCGGGGACGGCGUCUCGCCCACACCCACCGACGGCCUCGGCACAGGGGGCGAGCGAGAGGCUGGCAAAGGCCUGGAGAUGCGGAAGCUGGUGCUCUCGGGUUUCCUGGCCAGUGAGGAGAUCUACAUCAACCAGCUGGAGGCCCUCUUGUUGCCCAUGAAGCCACUGAAGGCCACGGCCACCACGUCGCAGCCUGUCCUCACCCUGCAGCAGAUUGAGACGAUUUUCUACAAGAUCCAGGACAUCUAUGAGAUCCACAAGGAGUUCUAUGACAGCCUGUGCCCAAAGGUGCAGCAGUGGGACAGCAACGUCACCAUGGGCCACCUCUUCCAGAAGCUGGCCAGCCAGCUGGGCGUCUACAAGGCCUUUGUGGAUAACUACAAAAUCGCCCUGGAGACGGCAGAGAAGUGCAGCCAGAGCAACUACCAGUUCCAGAAGAUCUCUGAGGAGCUGAAGGUGAAGGGCCCCAAGGACUCGAAGGAGAGCCACACGUCCGUCACCAUGGAGGCACUGCUGUAUAAACCCAUCGACCGGGUGACGCGGAGCACCCUCGUCCUGCACGACCUCCUCAAGCACACCCCAGCCGACCACCCUGACUACCCACUGCUCCAGGACGCCCUCCGCAUCUCGCAGAACUUCCUGUCCAGCAUCAAUGAGGACAUCGAUCCCCGGAGGACAGCAGUCACCACCCCCAAGGGCGAGACCCGGCAGCUUGUCAAGGAUGGCUUCUUGGUGGAGCUGUCGGAGGGCUCGCGGAAGCUGCGGCACGUCUUCCUCUUCACCGACGUGCUGCUCUGUGCCAAGCUGAAGAAGACGGCGGUGGGGAAGCAGCAGCAGUACGACUGCAAGUGGUACGUGCCCCUGGCCGACCUGGUGUUCCCCUCGCCGGAGGAGUCGGAGCACUGCCCGCAGGUCCACGUCAUCCCUGACCAUGAGCUGGAGGACAUGAAGAUGAAGAUCUCAGCCAUCAAGAGCGAGGUGCAGAAGGAGAAAGCCAACAAGGGGCAGAGCCGGGCCAUCGAGCGCCUCAAGAAGAAGAUGUUUGAAAACGAAUUCUGGCUGCUCCUCAACUCGCCCGCCAUCCCCUUUCGCAUCCACAACCGCAACGGGAAGAGCUACCUCUUCCUGCUGUCCUCCGACUACGAGCGGUCCGAGUGGAGGGAGGCCAUCCAGAAACUGCAGAAAAAGGACCUCCAGGCCUUUGUCCUGAGCUCAGUGGAGCUCCAGGUGCUCACAGGAUCCUGCUUCAAGCUACGCACUGUCCACAACAUCCCAGUCACCAGCAACAAGGAUGAUGAUGAGUCCCCCGGGCUCUACGGGUUCCUGCACGUCAUUGUCCACUCUGCCAAGGGCUUCAAGCAGUCUGCCAACCUUUACUGCACGCUGGAGGUGGACUCCUUCGGCUACUUCGUCAGCAAAGCCAAGACCAGAGUUUUCCGGGACACCACGGAGCCGCAGUGGAACGAGGAGUUCGAGAUCGAGCUGGAGGGCUCCCAGUCCCUGCGCAUCCUCUGCUAUGAGAAGUGCUAUGACAAGACCAAACUCAACAAGGACAACAAUGAAAUCGUGGACAAGAUCAUGGGCAAAGGGCAGAUCCAGCUGGAUCCUCAGGCCGUGCAGACGAAAAACUGGCACAUGGAUGUGAUUGAGAUGAAUGGGAUCAAGGUGGAGUUCUCCAUGAAGUUCACAAGCAGGGACAUGAGCCUGAAGAGGACCCCAUCCAAAAAGCAGACCGGUGUCUUCGGGGUCAAAAUCAGCGUCGUGACAAAGCGCGAGCGCUCCAAGGUGCCUUACAUCGUGCGCCAGUGCAUCGAGGAGGUGGAGAAGAGGGGCAUCGAGGAGGUCGGCAUCUACAGGAUCUCUGGCGUCGCCACUGACAUCCAGGCCUUGAAAGCUGUCUUUGAUGCAAAUAACAAGGACAUCCUGGUCAUGCUGAGUGACAUGGACAUCAAUGCCAUCGCUGGCACGCUGAAGCUGUACUUCCGUGAGCUGCCCGAGCCCCUCCUCACUGACAGACUCUACCCCGCCUUCAUGGAGGGGAUUGCCCUCUCAGAUCCUGCUGCCAAGGAGAACUGCAUGAUGCACCUUCUCCGCUCUCUGCCUGACCCCAACCUCAUCACCUUCCUCUUCCUGCUGGAGCACUUGAAAAGGGUGGCUGAAAAGGAGCCUAUCAACAAAAUGUCUCUCCACAAUCUGGCCACGGUCUUUGGGCCGACACUGCUGAGACCCUCAGAGGGGGAGAGCAAGGCACACCUCACCUUGGCCUCCGACAUCUGGUCCCACGAUGUGAUGGCCCAGGUCCAGGUCCUUCUCUACUACCUGCAGCAUCCUCCCAUCUCCUUCACUGAGCUGAAGCGCAACACACUUUACUUCUCCACGGACGUGUAGCCUGCAGGGACAAGGCACCAGCUGCAAACACUCCCAGCUCCCUGCUGGGGGACACGGACUGGAUCGCAGCCCCCAGGGAGCCCAGCCCGGACCCAGGACGGUGCCUCCUGCAGCUCCUGUAGAAUCGCGUUCCAGGGGCCCGGUCCCGCCGUGCCUCUCUGUAAAGUAGUCGUGUCUUAUGUCCCUCCUUGUGUUCAAGAAUUGUUUUUAUGUAUAUUUGCUCAACGGAAGAGGUAGUGACUGACAAGGGCUGUGGACACAGGCUUCCCCCUUGGCUAGUUUUCUCCUGGACUCCUUUCCGCCCGCUCACUCCUACCAGGCACCCCUGACGCCUGCAGUGCCCCACGAGUGCCUGUUUUGCCGCCCAGCUCCCUUUGCCCCACGCCUGCAUGUGCAGCACUGGCUCGCCCAGGGCCUGGGAGCUCACAGGCCUCCCUCCCCAGUGAUGGUGACGACCAGCUCUGCUUUGACUUGCUGCCUGCGCAAUCGUUGGACCCCGUGCCUGGAUCCCGCUCUGGCCCGAGCAAACCUGCGACCACGAGAGCAGAGGGGCAGGUGCUGCUUCCUCCUCGCCUCGGCUCUUCUGGGUGUUUUCAGGCCAGUCCCCUCUACAGCCCUAAUCCCGUGCUUUGCCUGUGUGUGUGUAGCAUGGCGGUUACUUCCCUCGCUGGAUCUCGCCUCAUUUUGGGAUAACCCCUCACACAAGGCUGGAGCGAGAGGUGCUGUGCUGGUCUCGACCCAUGGCAGGCUGGAGGGAUGGCCGGCCAGGCAGGUCUGCUUCCUGUGCCACGGGCUGACCCCAUGUCUGUGCUCUGGCAUCGAUGGUGUCCCAUCAGGGCACGUGGAUCCCAAAUUUCCCCAAUGUGGAAAUUUGGCAGGGCACAGGGUCCCCGCUGUACACCUGUGAGGCACUCGUGCCCCUGCCAGCCCAGCACUGCCAUGAGCAUUGAAUGCACCCUGUGGCAGAGCCUGCCAGGGCAGCAGCAUUCCUGCUGUGGCCACAGGAAUGAGGAGGUUUUUGUUUCCCUCCUUGGCCUUCUCCACUGCACUGGGUACAUGGCAGCACAUGGCCCUGCCUUGGAAGCAGCCAGGCUGCCAGAGGCAAGUGCUCUGGAGCAACUGGAUGGCCACCCAGCCUGGAAAGCAGCACAGAGGGACAGGAGGAGGAAAGCCUUCAUGGCCUUCCCAUCCAAAGGCAGAAGUGCUUCCUCUGCCGCUGGAUUAGCUGUGCCUGGCCAGCUCAGGUCUGUCUCAGUGGCUCCAGUUCUUGUCCCCUCCCAGGCUGAUGACUGGAGUUGUCAGGCCAUGUCCCAAGGCAGGACGGCCACGUGCCUGCACUCGCUGCCAGGCUGUGCUCCGGCCGCCCAGUGCCUGGCUCCUGAGAUGUCCCCAACCCUCCCACCCUCCCAGGUAGGUGUUGGUACCUGAUGGGACACGAAACCUUUCGCUCUGUGAGCUGAGUCCGUGUUCUUGUGGGAAAAGCCCCCCCCACCUGCCCAACUGCGUUGGCCCUGUGCUCUCCUGUGCCAAAUGGAGAUGGAUGAGAAGUGACCAAGCGUAUCCCCGACAGCGGCGUUGCCUUUCCCCUCCCCACUAACGGACUGUUCCAGGUAGAGCCCGGCCCCCUGCCCCCAAUGCACCAGGUAUGUCCUCAGCCCACCUCCCUGGGGAAGGCAGCACCUGCCAGCCCUGCACCAGCAAAGCAACUAAGGAGGGGAGGUCUCUCAGUCCCCCUCCAAAGGGCUCACACUCCAGACCCUGCUCCUCUUGACUACCAGCUAAACAGAAGGGAAACAGCAUUGCAGAAAAUAACCAGGCGUCUGUCUUGGCCCUGGACCCAGCAAGGAGGCCGAGCUUUAGAUCUGACUGCACAACGGACCCCUAAGUGUGUCUGAUUUGUUACAUGUGUCCAAGUCUCUGUCCACGACACCGUCAUUCCAGAUGGAGACUCUGUACAGCCAAAUCUCCCCCCGUGCGACAGUGGCUGGAGGCCUGGUCCCCAUGACUGGCUUUUGCUUGUUCCUACAGGAAGGAGAAAGGGGGGGGUGGACUCUUGCAGCUACAGGUAGAAUAGAACUGUUAAUUAAUAUUUGACUUUCAAAAGUUGUUAAGGAUAUAUUUUUGUUUGUGUUCUGUUUCAAUUUCUGUAGAUUAUAAACUUUAAAUGGCUGUAAAACCAUGUGAGGAGAAAAAAUGUUAAUAAAAAUGCAAAGCCCCGAUAUUUGCACAAAAGAA